UUUCCUUCUCCCCAGUGGAGAUCCAGCCAAUCUUUGGUCGUUGGUCCGUAUUCCAAUAUUAGUUCCCCGGAUUAGUUUCUUCUUGCUUUCCUGUCUGUGUAACUUACCAAACCACUUCCCAGCUGGCCUUCAUUUUUCAAUUCUAAAUCCUUCCCAUCCAAAUCAACAACGAAGACAAAUUAUUUAAAUAGUAAUUGGAAUUGAGUAGCUUGUUAGUAAAGUUGGAUUUGCAACAAGCUUUAGUGGAGUUCUUGGCUGUGAGCGUGUGGUUUCGCUGGGGUGAGAAAAGCAGAGAGAGAAGAAACAGAGAGAGAGCGAGAGAGGCAGCCAUGGUAGUGAGGAAGGUGGGAAAGUACGAAAUCGGGAGAACAGUUGGGGAGGGAACCUUCGCCAAGGUGAAGUUCGCUCAGAACACAGAGACUGGCGAGAGUGUCGCCAUGAAAGUGCUCGACCGUAGCACCAUCAUCAAGCACAAGAUGGUCGAUCAGAUCAAGAAGGAGAUUUCUAUCAUGAAGCUAGUUCGACAUCCAUAUGUUGUUCGUCUGCAUGAGGUUCUAGCAAGUCGUACAAAGAUUUACAUCAUAUUGGAGUUCAUUACAGGUGGUGAAUUGUUUGAUAAAAUUGUACACCAUGGCCGUCUUAGUGAAGCUGAAGCUAGAAGAUACUUCCAACAGCUUAUUGAUGGUGUAGAUUAUUGCCACAGUAAGGGAGUCUAUCACAGAGAUUUGAAGCCUGAAAAUUUACUGCUAGAUUCUUUAGGAAAUAUAAAGAUUUCAGAUUUUGGUUUGAGUGCAUUGCCAGAACAGGGGGUUAGUGUCCUUCGGACGACUUGUGGGACUCCAAACUAUGUAGCCCCUGAGGUACUUAGUCACAAGGGUUACAAUGGAGCCGCAGCAGAUGUUUGGUCCUGUGGGGUUAUUCUUUAUGUUCUAAUUGCUGGAUAUCUUCCCUUUGAUGAGUUGGAUCUAACUACCUUAUACAGUAAGAUUGAGAAUGCAGAGUUUUCAUGCCCUUCGUGGUUUCCUGUGGGAGCAAAAGCUUUAAUACAUAGAAUUUUGGACCCAAAUCCUGAAACUCGCAUGACCAUUGAACAGAUAAAAAGUGAUGAGUGGUUUCAGAAGAACUAUGUUCCUGUCAGUCUUCUUGAGCAUGAAGAUGUGAACCUGGAUGAUGUAAAUGCAGCUUUCGAUGAUGCUGAGGAUCAGCGGGUUAACCAACAAUGUGAAAACGAAGACGGGGGUCCAUUAAUGCUUAGUGCAUUUGACUUGAUAAUUCUAUCUCAAGGCUUAAAUCUUGCAACAAUCUUCGAUCGUGGACGGGAUUCCAUGAAGUACCCAACACGCUUUAUCUCUCAAAAGCCAGCAAAGGUGGUUUUAUCAAGCAUGGAAGUUGUGGCUCAGUCAAUGGGAUUUAAGACGCAUAUUCGCAACUAUAAGAUGAGAGUGGAGGGUAUGGCAGCAAAUAAAACUUUUUUCUCAGUCAUCCUGGAAGUUUUUGAAGUUGCUCCGUCAUUCUUUAUGGUGGACAUUCAAAAGGCAGCUGGAGACGUAGGUGAAUACCUCAAGUUUUACAAGAACUUCUGUAGCAAUCUUGAUGAUAUCAUCUGGAAACCGCCUUAUGAAGAAAGCAAAUCAAGGAGCUCUAGCAAUAAAAGUAGAAGGCGAUCCUUUCACUUCAUGUGAUAUCUUUUGCUCUCGUUCACUUGGAAAAAAUGGGGGGAAAAUCUAGUUCCACACAGAGAUAUAGAAAUGGGCCUUGCGAAGCGAGGUUAAAGCUGGCUUGGCUUGCCUUUUUAACUCCACCGCUUCCUUAUCUUUAACCCACGCCAUGCUUUGUGAUCUCAUAUAGAAGAUAUAGUUCAAAUUCCAGAGAGAAACUGGAAGACAAAAAAGUAAUAUACACAAUCUGCAUCAUUAUACCUUUGGUUUUUGUAUAUCUAUUCAUAUCAGAUCUAGUUUUGACAUUAUGGUUUAUCCUGUAGUAUUUUAUGUGUUGAUUAUCAAUUGAUACGUACGUAAGUGAGAUUCAGGCACCAGGAUAGAGAAAUGCACUAGUUCCAUCAGUUGUACUUUUCGUUGAGGGUGCUUGAUUGAUUUUGAAUAUAAAUGAAAGCAAAGGAGUACGGUUAAUGCUUAAAUUUAGUUAUUACUUUUUA